AUGGCGUCGACGGCAGCCGGCAAGCAGGUGGCGAAGGUAAGAGCGAAAGCUCCGGCAGAGGUGCAAAUCUCCGCCGAGCAGAUGAUCAUGGAGGCCGAAAAGCGGGGAAUUGAACUGUUACCACCACCGCCAAAGCAGGACGAGCUCGACAAUUACAAAGAGAGAAAGAGAAAGGAGUUUGAAAACGAGCUAAGUAAGAACCGCGCUGUCAUCAGCGUGUGGUUAAGAUACGCGCAAUGGGGGGAGAUCCAGAGGGCGCGCUCCAUUUACGAGUGCGCGCUGGACGUGGACCACCGCAACGUGACCCUGUGGCUCAAGUACGUUGAGAUGGAGAUUAAGAGUCGGCAGGUCAACCACGCCCGCAACAUCUGGGACCGGGCAGUCACCAUCCUGCCCCGUGUCAACCAGUUCUGGUACAAGUACACGUACAUGGAGGAGACGCUGGGCAACGUGGCGGGCUGCCGGCGGGCCUUCGAGCGCUGGAUGGGGUGGGAGCCCGAGGAGCAGGCCUGGCAUUCUUACAUCAACUUCGAGCUGCGCUACAAAGAGGUGGACAAAGCUCGCAGCAUCUACGAACGCUUCGUCACGGUGCACCCCGAGGUCAAGAACUGGAUCAAGUACGCGUGCUUCGAGGAGAAGCACGGCUACAUCGCGCACAGCGGGAAGGUCUUCGAGCGCGCCGCCGAGUUCUUCGGCGAGAAGCACAUCGACGAGAACCUCUUUGUGGCCUUCGCGCGCUUUGAGGAAACGCAGAAGGAGUUUGAGCGCGUGCGCGUGAUCUACAAGUACGCAUUGGAUCGCAUCCCCAUGCAGCAGGCCCUGGAGCUCUUCAAGAACUACACCAUCUUCGAGAAGAAAUUCGGAGACCGGCGGGGAAUCGAGGACGUCAUCGUCAACAAAAGGAAGUUCCAGUAUGAGGAGGAAGUCAAGGCCAACCUGGACAACUACGACACCUGGUUCGAUUAUCUUCGGCUGGUGGAGAGCGACGCUGAUCCCGACACGGUGCGGGAGGUGUACGAGCGCGCCAUCGCUAACGUGCCGCCUAUCCGGGAAAAGCGCCACUGGCGCCGAUACAUCUACUUGUGGAUUAACUACGCCCUCUACGAAGAGCUGGAGGCCAUGGACGUGGACGGGACAAGGCAGGUGUACGAGUCCUGCUUGGAUCUGAUUCCUCACGAAAAGUUCACCUUUACCAAGAUCUGGCUGCUUUCCAGUCAGUUUGAAAUCAGGCAGAAGAACCUGCAACGCGCCAGGAACAUCAUGGGCACGGCUAUCGGCAAAUGCCCCAAGAACAAACUCCUGAAGGGCUACAUCGAGCUGGAGCUUCAGCUGCGGGAGUUCGACCGCUGUCGCAAGCUCUACGAGAAGCAUUUGGAGAACUGCGCCGCUUGGAUCAAGUUUGCCGAGCUGGAGACCAUCCUGGGUGACGUGGACCGCGCCCGCGCCAUCUUCGAGCUGGCCACCUCGCAGCCGCGCCUCGACAUGCCCGGGGUUCUGUGGAAGUCCUACAUCGACUUUGAGACUGAGCUGGGGGAGUUCGUGAACACCCGGAACCUUUACAAAAGACUGCUGCAGCGGACCCAACAUGUCAAGGUUUGGAUCAGUUACGCCAAGUUUGAGUUGCUAGAAGGCGAGGAGCGCGUGCGCAAGUGCCGGCAGAUCUUCGAGGAGGCCAACAAGAGCUUGAGAAGCUGCCAGGAGAAGGAGGAGCGCCUCAUGCUGCUGGAGUCCUGGAAGGACUUUGAGGCCCAGUUCGGCUCCGACGCCUGCAGGGAACACGUCGCCAAGCUGCUGCCCGAGAAGGUCAAGAAGAGGAGGAAACUCACCGACGAGGACGUGUCGGACGCCGGCUGGGAGGAAUAUCACGACUACAUUUUCCCAGAAGACGCCGCCAACCAUCCCAACCUUAAGCUCUUUGCCAUGGCCAAGACAUGGAAAAAACGGCAGCAGCACCCCUUGUAA